UCCAUGGAAAAUGCGAAGCAAAAGAGAGGUUUUUGGGGGAGAAAAAACAGCGAUUUCCGCGCGUUUCAUCGCUAAAAACUACCUUAGAAGAACACUACGGAUGUUCCUUUAUAGAAAGAUGUUAAAAUAUUGUGUUUUUUCCGAGCGCGUUAGCAUGCUUUGUUCGCAAAGAAUGAGGCGUUUUUUUCGACACUCGAAGUUUAACACAAAAGGCUCUAAAUUUCGGUGUGAUAUACCCAAGAGAUUGCCCUUUUCGUAGAUAUUUUGGUUUAUACUUUGUUGUGGAUCGUCUAGCGUUAACCAUGUGUUGUAAACUAUAUUUUGUGGCGAGAUUUUCUGUGAUAUUUUGGCGUCUUGUAUUAAUCAAGGGCAUGCAUAAUGGCCGUUUAGUCAGAUCUGAAAGACAUAUGCUGGAUGUUGAUGAGUUGAUUUAUAGGAAGUUGGCUUCUGAUGUUUGGAUGAGUUUUAUUGGUUCUCAAGUAUGGAAGAUGUUCAAAGUUCAGAUGAGGUUUGUGCAACGACAACCACAAAUUCUCAUCAAAAUGAUGUGAUACUGAAUGAAGCGAGUUCUUCUAAUGAUGUUGUUUCUAAAGACAACCAAGAACCUCAGUCGUCUGAAAUUUCACAAACAGAGCAGAGUGUGAUCUCUUCAUCUGACACCACACAAAAUCACAAACUUGUUCUCGACCAUCAGGAGCAACAACCAGUCGUGUCCGCAGACACCUCUACCAUUACCCACGAGAUUGUUACCACCAGCGAGGAUGGUAGCAAUCCACAAACAUUGUAUGUUGCAAUUCAACCACAAGGAGAUGAACAUGGUGAUUCAUCACACGACCAGCCGGCAGUUUAUCUGGAAGUUGUAGAGUCUGGUAAUCUGCCAGAACAAAUAACUAGUGCUGGUGAAGUGUUAGAAGGACAGAUGAUUCUACAACAAGCUACCUCUACUACUAGUGGCACCAAUGUGAUACCAACCAGCUCAAUAUUAACAGUUGAUCAAGAUACACUAUCAACAAUGCAGGCGGAAAUGAUAGCAGUUCAGGUUCUAUCACAAUCUGGCGACGUUCAGCUCUUUCAGAAUAAAUCUGGAAGCACAACACAAAUAGUUCCUGUGACUACAAUAUCUAGUAGCGAACUGCAAGCUUUGACACAGGCAAAUCUCGUUACAACAAGUAUCAGCGCUGCUCAAGACCCAGUUGAAUCAUCUUCAAGUAAUUCACUGACAGCUGUUAUGACAGCCGAGGCGGAACACAGCACAGAGCAAGAUGGUUCUUGUGUGUCAACCACGACUGAAACUGCUGAAAAUAUUGGAACAACAGAGACAAACGAUGUAUCAACAGCCGUGUCGACAACAGAAAACGAAGAUUUUGAUGCUUCUGGUGUUGACGACGAGGAAAACGCUGGUGAAUCGAUGCUUGUUCAAGAGGAAAAAGCAGCCGAAGAUGCUCUACCAGGAGAGUUGGAAAAACCGAAGUACACUUGUGAGAUUUGUGGGAAGGCGUACAUUCGAUCCUGGUCUUUUUACGGACACAUGAGAGAACACGCUUCUGGCGAUAAACAACACAAGUGCAAUGUCUGUGAGAAGGUCUUUAACUAUGCCAGUAAUCUGAGACAACACAUAUUGAUUCAUACUGGUGAAAAGCCGUAUGAAUGCGAAUACUGUGAGAAAGCCUUCAAUAAUCCCAGCUCGCUUCGAUCUCAUUUGCUCUCUCAUUCUGAAGAAAAGCCUUAUUCUUGUGAUGUUGAAGGAUGUGAUAAAGCUUUUAAUAACCCCGGAUCGCUGAGGGUUCAUCGUCGCGUGCAUCAAGAUGAGAAACCAUUUCCUUGUCCCCAAGACGAUUGCGAUAAAGCGUUCAAAACUCAGGCGGAAUUAUCACGUCAUAUGUUCAGACAUACUGGACAAAAGCCGUAUAAGUGUGAUCAAUGUGACAAGGCAUUUAUACGGUUUGACGAUCUUAAACGGCAUUACCGCAUACAUACUGGUGAAAAGCCUUUUAAAUGUGAUCAAUGUGACUUCGCGUGUAUUCAAUCCUUUGACCUGGUCAAGCACAAGUAUACACACAGCGGAGACAAGCCGUAUAAAUGUGAUAUUUGCCCAAAGCAGUUUACUCGUCCAGCGAGGCUGCGUGAUCAUCUUCGCACUCAUACUGGAGAGAAACCGUAUAACUGUGAUGUUUGUGGAAAAUCCUUCGCAGUCCAGACUGGACUCAAGUCACAUAUGGCUGUGCACACAGGAGAGAAGCCGUACAAGUGCAGUGAAUGUGAUCGGUCUUUCAGAACCCAACAAGAACUACAGGCUCACAUGGGGCGACACACUGGAAUCAAACCUUUUAAAUGCGAUCUGUGUCAGAAGGAAUUCAUCUCCUCUGUCACUUUCAAACGACACGCUAUUGUUCAUUCAGGUGAGAAGCCAUUCCAGUGCGAGGAAUGUGGACGAAGAUUUGCUCGAGCGACUGACCUCAAGGUCCACCUUCCCGUUCAUAGCGAUGACAAACCUUACAAGUGUGGAGAAUGCGAGAAAAUGUUCACAAGAUUUAGCACUCUUAAGGAACACAUCCGCACACAUACAGGAGAACGGCCAUUCAAGUGUGACUCGUGUGGAAGACAGUUUAACCACAGAAGUCAUUUUAACAACCAUCUGAGAAUCCACACAGGAGAGAAACCCUUCAAAUGUGAGACAUGUGGCAAACAGUUUUCUCGGAAAGCAAGCGUGCGCUAUCAUAUGAAGGUGCAUGGUGUUACCAUGACACCUGAUGGUCAGACCACCAGUACAGUGCAGACAAGUGCCGCUGACCAUGAACAGGUGACCGCUGGUCAGGUUGUAAGUCAACUGACGAACGAAGCUGAUGUCCAGUUAGCAGAGGUACUUGUAGCGGUCAGUGAUGCUCUGGUGGCGGCCAAUCAAGAACAGGCCUCGGGCGAGGAAGUUCAGCUCAUUCAGGCCGGCGCUGAAAGACAAGCCAAUGCCGAUGGGAGCGUUCAAAUCUUGGAGACUGGUGAACAGCAAGGCAUCGAGACGGAUAUGAACGCUGACCAGACCGUACAAAUCAUUGCAAAUGACGAAACUGGGCAGAUAAUUCAUAAUGCUCAAGUUUUGGACACAAGUCAGUUAACAGAAGAACAGCUAAUGCAGGUUAGUAGCAUUGCCAAUGUUCAAGCUGGCGAAGGUCAAGUCAUCGCAAUGAACGUUGACGAUGCGCAGCUGAAAAUGCUGGACCCGAGUCAGCUUCAUGCCCUCAGCGUGAUCGCCGAGGCGUCCAGGGGGGAACAAGUCCAGAUCCCGGAUAUCAUCGCGGCCGCGGCUGCCUCCGGCGUGAGUAUCACGACGUCCGAUGACGUUGCGCAUAUUGUCGCUGUCCAGGAGGAAAAUGUACAGCAGGCGCAUGUGGAGAUGGCACAAGAAAUGGAAGAAGGCGUGGUUACGAAUAACGGGGAAGAGCAGCCAAUGGAAACGGCUUGAGUGAUGACGUAUGAUCGUUGGAACUGAUCUUGUGUGAAACUGGAAUAAAGGAUACAACGCUAUUUCAGGCCGCGAACAAUGUCGUUUUAGAAAGUCUCAAAGGUUCUUACGAGUGUUGCGACAGGCAUAUUAGGGAAAGUUUUACUGUACACAGUACUAUAUAUUAGAGCCUUUUGUAUCAUAAGUUCAGCUUGUAUACUUCCGUUCGUAUCUCAAGAUUUCAAAUAAUUUGUAUGCUGUCUAACUGUAUUGUUCCAAUAAAAAAA